CCUCCUCGCUACACACCUCACUCACCUCCCACACGUCUCUCUCUCGAGAUGUCGGUGGCAGCGGACGUCUCUGACUGGAUCGCCACUCCUGCUCCACUCAAUAGUAAUAAGUGUGGAAAGAACGCAGUGUUUUCAAGUGAUAACUCCGUCGUCCAGCGGCGAGAUCCUUGGUAUGAAGAGUGUGUCUGUUACACAGUCCAUCCCCUGCCUCCAGGGCUGGUGUGGCAGACCACCGUCCUCGAGACUACCACUAAGUGGAGUCGUGGACUGGUCUGCGAGCUGGAGCGAUGCUUCACUGUCCGGAAAUACAUCACAGGGCACGAGCGGGAGCAGCUCGCGUCCAAGCUACACCUCACCGAGACCCAGAGCCACCAGACAGAGCAACAGAUGGCAACAGAGAGGCUGCUACUCCAUUAACCCCACUUGGAUUGGUCUCCAAUUGACGCUGACAGCUGGAGAAUUAUUUUACCAUGUGGUUCAUGAUCAUAACCAAGACCAGCCA